GCACGAUUGGAAAAGAGGAAAAUUGUAUUGCAACGACAGGAGCAACUCACCGAGAGUGUAUACAAUCGGCAAAUGCAGUAUUUUUCUAUUGCAUUUUGCGAGAUUCUCUAUUCGUAAAUCUCAAAUGCCAAUCCCAUUGCUGUGCAAAUAAAGCUAUCUCUACGGUCUGCAUUCCUGGUGCAUCUCUUGCAGUAAACAAAAAGAUUCUACAAUCAAGAUAAAAAGAGAAAAAAACUUACAACGGGUCGCAGCCAUGAAAUCUGUGAUCGCAUUACAACAAUUUAAGAAAUGCAUCAUCUUAUUUAUAGUGGGCAUCAUAUGUAGUUUUUUAGCUUACGUAAUUUACGUUGUGGAUCCCAUAAACUUGAUAAUAAAUUAUAAUCUACAAAUAGUACCGCAUUCUUUGCUCUUUUCAAUGUGGAAGAAACCACCUCUUGAUGUUUAUUUAAAUGUGUAUGUAUUCAACAUUACUAAUCCAGUAGAGUUUCUAAGCGGCAAAGAAAAGCUCAAAGUUCAAGAAAUUGGACCAUAUGUCUAUCAAGAAUUCCUUGAAAACGAUAACAUCACAUUUAAUGAUAAUGGCACGCUAACAUAUAUUCCCAGAAGAACGGUAACUUACGUACCCGAACUGUCAGUUAGCGAUCCUACAAAGGACAUAAUUAAUGUUCCAAAUAUACCUGUUUUGGGUAUUUCAUCCGCUUUGCAUGAUGCCGGAUUUCUAGUGAAUUAUCCUUUGGUACAGCUGAUAACCAUAAUGGGUGCCAAACCAAUUCUAAAUAUUUCGGUCUACGAUUAUCUAUGGGGUUAUGAGGAUUCAAUAGUGACAUUGGUCAGUGGAAUCGUGCCAAACUUCAUUAAUUUUCAAAAGUUUGGUCUUCUGGAUCGGAUGUACGAUGAGGGAGAGAAUAUCAUAACGAUAAAUCUUCGAAAGAACGCUAACAUGACAAACGAGAAAGGACGAUAUCUCAGUAUUGACAAGUACAAUGGCAGUCCCGGAUUGGCGCACUGGGGAUAUAUUGAAACAGAAGGCAAUGAGACUCGAGAAGGGAAUUCAAUUUGCAACACAAUCCAAGGUGCUACGGAAGGUAUCAUAUUCCCAACAUACAUAGAUAAGCGCGCUGUUUUCAGAGUGUUUAGAAAAGCAUUUUGUCGAGCGCUAUCAAUUAUAUUCAGGAAAGAAGUUGUAUCAGAAAGUGGCCUGCCAGGAUAUCUCUACACUCUCGCGAAAGACUUUGCUGAUCCGCCCGAUCAAAAUCCGGACAACGAAUGCUAUUGCCGUAAAAUGAAGACCUGUCUGAAAAAAGGAUUGUCUGAUAUAACACCUUGCUACUAUAAUAUUCCGGUGGCAGUAUCUCUUCCACAUUUCCUUGAUGCUGAUCCGAGUUUGCUAGAGGAUAUAGAAGGUCUUAAACCGGAUCGAAAAAAACAUGAAUCUUUCGCAAUAGUGCAACAAACAAUUGGUAUACCCAUAUAUCUUCACUCAAGAAUGCAGACAAAUUUAAUAAUGCAUCCCACAGGCUACAACUCUAAGAUUGCGGCUUUUAAUGGCCUCACGGUACCUUUAUUUUGGAGCGAUCUGAAUAUUCGGUCUUUGCCGACUCAUAUUCACAUUUUAGUAAAAUUAAUAAUACAAAUAUUACCAAUGGUACAGACGGUGUUGAUGUAUCUGCUUAGUAUUAUCGGGGUGAUGAUGAUAGUGCUACCGCUGAUAUCCGCUCUACGGAUGCUCAAUGAGCAACAACAGGAGCGAGAACAGGAGGCGAUCAAAAGUCUUGACAAUUCCGAUUUGAAAGUACCUUUGUGCAACAGGGGAGGUCAAUACACGGCAAUUAAUAUUUUCCCAAUGAUCAAGAAGAUCACAUCAAAAACCGAUUUGUUUACAACGGAAUCUCCGCAUUCUUAACAACUCUUAUUUUACGUUUUUCUAUUAUCAAUAUUUUCAAAGUACUUUUAACAAAGUACUUAACUUUUGCGUAUCCUCUAUUAAUAAGAUAGACUGAGAAAAAAUGUUAAGAGAUUGUUUGAUUCUGACGAAUUAAGAAUACCAAGAAUCGCGAUUGUAGUUAGAGAUAAAUGUUUUUGCAUGUGUAAUCAAAUAAUAAUAAAAAUGCAAAAGAAGUUACAAUU